AUGUCCUUCGACGUCCCAGGCGGGUUCAUCAGCGUCAUGUCACCGGUCUACCCACCACUAGCCAUGCCUUCGCGCUCUCAAGAGGCCGUGCAGUCCGCUGGCUAUCCUUACGCCCCUGCUAUGGCGCAUGCUUACACGCACCCGCCGGACCACGACUCUCAGCUGGGACAAUAUACCUACAGCCCUCAAGCGUCGCACCCAUCACACCCAUAUCCCUUCUCGACCGGGCCGGAGCAGCACGAUCGCGACAUUGCACCACUGGGCAUGCCGGAGCACGAUUCUUCUCCGCAAGUGCCAUACGUUUACCCUCAAGCCUAUCACAGCGACAACUCCCUUCCGACUUCCGAUAUCGAGGAGCUGUACUACAACGGGCCAACCUCCCCUCCACAUCCACCCGCACCCAACCUCGCAGAACACCAGAGACCAAGCUUCGAGAGCUUCUCCUCGACUCCACCACUCCUGUACUAUGCGCAACUCAAUAGUCAGCAUCAGGUCAAGACGCACGGCUUCCGCGCGGGCGUACGACGCGGGCUGGAGAAGGCGCACAUCCAUGUGCACAAGAAGUCGAUCGGCGAAGCGCUGGCGCAUAACGCCAGUCUAGCAUCAACUAUUCCUGUACCAACAGGCGCGCCGAUCGGCACUCAGAGCACGCCCGCCCUAGACGCUUCGUACAUCCAACCGCGCUCGAGCCCGAACGCCGCCAGCAGCUCUUUGAAGACGAACUUCCACAAAACUGCGGCUGAACCCGCAGGGCGUCCAGAUCCGAACUACUGCAGGAUGAGAGAUUGUGGGAGGCUUGUGGCGAGGAUACCGAGUUUGGGCGGGUGUAUCGAGUGGUGCGGGCACGAGCAUAUGAAGGAAGGGAUGCAGCGAUAUGGGCUAAAGGCGUGUAAGAGGUGCAGGACAAACCCGAGGCGAUGGGACGAUAAAUAUUGUUGUCCGGCUUGCGCUGACCGCUGA